UAUGAGGUAAACAAUUUGUCUAAUACGUUGAUAAUAUUGAUAUACAGUUCAUAUAAAAUUGUAAUUAUUACCAAUAAUUUAUCACUGAAAAAGCUACGAAAAAUGCUACUGCAGAGACUGUUUGUUGGUAAUAUUCCGGCAGACACCAAUGAGCAAGAACUGAAGCAAGAAUUUUCCGCAUAUGGUACAGUGAAAGCGAUUGAUUUGAAAUGCAAACCAAAUGCUCUUAGCAAUUCAGUCGACACCUUUGCGUUUGUUAAUAUCGAAUUAGACGACCGAACAUUGUGGCGUUGCAUCAGUGAGUUCCGGCAGCAACAGUACAAAGGAGUCUAUCUGAAUGUGUCGAAAGCUAAAGAGUCGUUUCUGGAUCGAUUAAAACGAGAACGGGAGGAGGCUGAAGCUGGGAAGCUUAGUAGCGACCUACUUAAUCCGUAUAAAUCAAAACCUAGUGAUGUGCGAGGGGAAACCAAGCCUUCGCCACUUCCGGUGCUGCCAACGAUUCAGAAAGAAGUUCAAUCUUCCAGUUCGGAAUCAAGUUCAGAAAGUGAAAAUGAGCAACCGGAACCGGUUAGAAAACUUCCCUUUAGUCGAAAACAAAAGGAAGCCGAAGAUGAUCAUCUUGUUCGCAAAUGGAAUCAAGAGACGUACAUUGAGCAUGGUAAGCUGAAAAUUGUACCAAUCACCGGUGAGGUGAAAGAAGUGAUUGAUAAAAGCAAGAACUGGAAGAAAAAGGAUAAGAAUUUAGACGAGAAAGCGCGACUGGCAGAUGAAAAACGAAAACAAGGAUUAACAAAACUGCAAAAUGCCUAUGAACAACAGAAAAAGGCCAUUCAAAAGGCCUUGGCAGGUGGCGAAACAAACAAAAAGAAGAAAAUUGUUUUCGAUGAAGAUGUUGACGAACCAUCGGGAGAAUCUAACAAAAUAUCACUUUUUAAUGAUGAGGAUAUUGAUGAUGGUUUCAAGGGCAAUUUCAAGGUUCAUAAACAGCUUGCAGACAACAAUGAAAGAGGUCAACGGUUGUUUGAAAUGCAAACGCAGUUCCAUGGUGACUCUCGAUUUAAAUUGGAUGAACGAUUUUUGGAUAAAGACGCUUCGGUAACAAAUGAAGAGAUGUCGAAUAAAAACGGUGUGAAUCUAGGAGACCAAGAGCGUAUAAAGCAAUAUGAAAUACUUUCAAAGGUCACCGGAAAACAGAUUCAGGCUAGAUCUCAAUUCAACUCCGAACAAUCCGGAAGAAAGGUAAUGCAACGUUAUGAUCCUUCUGUACAAAAAAAGGAGACAGAGCAGCCAUUAAAGAAGGUCAAACAUUUAACCGAUGAAGAUCUAAUCGAAGCCAAGAAAGCAAUGCGACCGGUUGAUGAUUAUAAAGUAUCGGAAGAUAAAUUCUAUACUGUAUCAGAUAGUAUUACUAAUGUCAUUGGAAACUCUUCCGGAGGAUUCAGCUUGCUUUCAAUGUUUGGAGCUGCUCCAGUCGAUGAGAACGAAGAUGAGGGAAUCGAGAAUCAAGAACUUGAUAAACCAGCGUUCAGCGCAGCUCGUUUCAAAUACGAAUCCUCUGCAAGUGAAGAUGAAGAAGGCACCCAGGAUCCAUCAAACGAUAACCAAUUAAUCGGGCAAGUUUCGAACGAGGAAAUCGAAACGAAAUCCAAAAAGCAAAAAAAGAAGGCUGGUUACUUUUCAAAACAAGGAAUCUGGAAAGAAAAUUUUUUCUUUCUUCCUGACGAUCCUCGUUUCGUAGAAGGCCGAAAAUUUUUCUUUGAAUUCGCCAGUUCUUCGGCUGCUGAAGCGAAUAAAGAAAAAGAUGAGCAGGUCAAGGAUAUUCGGAAAAUUUUCAAAAAACGAAGAACACGAGAAACUAGGAAUGUGAACCAAAUGCGGGCGAAACGGGGUUUAAAGUUAUUAAAAAAUAGGCGAAAAUGAAAACGGUUGUGCUCAAUUUUCCGAGAAUAAUUUCCGUUUUGAAAAAAGAAUAUUUUAUUGAUUUCUAGAUUGCACUUUGGAAAAGUGUAAUACACAAUCCAAAGUUUCAAAACGGAACAAGUUUAUGUUAUAAAUAAUUAUGCUAAGACUCACAA